GGCCGUGUCAGGAAAACGCGACAACGCUAUAAUAGAUAACGCAGAAUUCGGCGCUGGGUGGAGCUGAGACUUUCGGAGAUAACGCAACUUAGAAUCACACUGAUAAGCACUUAAGCAACAUUAUCGGAGCACGUGCAGGGAAGCGGCCGGAGCAGAGAACAGCUGACGGGCGAUUCGAAUUUCGCGCGGAGUGUACACGCGUGUCACGUGACCGGCGAUCGCGCGGGCAGGCGGGCCGAGGUUAUAAAUAGGAGUAGGCUAGCCGCGGGGAGCCUCUUUCACUUCCCGCUACGCGUCGCGGCGCGUUGUCCGUCGCCCAUUAGCCCCGAUCAUUACGCGGUGUGCCGUGUGCCUGUGUGGAGGCUGUGGAGCUCGUGCUCUCCUCACGCGAUCUGAUCCGCUCUCCCUCUCGCGCACGCCGUCGCUCGUACGUUCGCUCGCUCGCUUCUCAGGAAGCCCACCCUCGAGAGAAGAGGAGGCCACAACAGGUAACGAUUCCGGCGACUCCAAAUCUUACUGCACUCCCAGGUGGUAACCUCAGAGCGGGAACCUCGCGCGUAAACCACAGGCAAGAGGAAACGACGACGACGACGACGACGAGGAGGAGGAGGAGCAUCAGGCACGUGGAGGAAAGAAGUUCACUCGCGGCCAUAACGCACGGUAGCAGCGGGGCUCGGCGAUACAACGGCGGUACACCUGGAACGGAACUGAGUGGCGAGCACCCGCUACGAGACGACGAGGCGACAACGGCGGCGACGACCCCGAAACGCAGGAAGAUGCCGGAGACCGCGCACCAUAUGAACGGCUACGCGAACGGCCACGCGCCGCCCGAGCUGCAGCAAGACACCGCGUUCUUAUUCACCUCGGAGUCGGUCGGCGAGGGACACCCAGAUAAAAUGUGUGAUCAAAUAAGCGACGCCAUUUUGGAUGCACAUUUGAAACAAGAUCCCGACGCUAAAGUUGCAUGCGAAACUGUUACGAAAACUGGGAUGAUACUCUUGUGCGGAGAGAUUACAUCAAAAGCUGUAGUGGAUUAUCAGAAGAUCGUACGAGAUACAGUGAAACACAUCGGUUAUGAUGAUUCCUCCAAAGGAUUCGAUUGGCGUACGUUGAACCUUUUGGUGGCGAUCGAACAGCAAUCCCCAAAUAUUGCGGAUGGUGUUCAUACGGACAAGCAAGAGAUGGACGUGGGUGCAGGUGAUCAGGGUCUAAUGUUCGGUUACGCUACCGAUGAAACCGACGAAUGUAUGCCACUGACGGUCGUACUGGCGCACAAAUUGAAUCAAAAAAUCGCCGAGCUGAGACGAAGUGGUGAAUUGUGGUGGGCUCGUCCAGAUUCAAAAACACAGGUAACCUGCGAAUAUAUCAUGGACCAUGGAGCCUGCGUACCUAUAAGAGUCCAUACUGUUGUGGUAUCACUGCAACAUAGUGAAAAAAUUGGUCUAGAUGAAUUGCGUAAAGCGGUCAUGGAGAAGGUCAUCAAAGAAGUAAUACCAGCAAGAUAUCUAGAUGAGAGAACAGUCUUCCAUGUGAAUCCUUGCGGGGUUUUCAAUAUUGGUGGACCACAGAGUGACGCUGGUCUUACUGGACGGAAGAUCAUCGUAGAUACGUACGGUGGUUGGGGAGCGCAUGGUGGGGGUGCAUUUUCCGGUAAAGACUUUACAAAGGUGGACAGAUCAGCUGCUUAUGCCGCAAGAUGGGUUGCCAAAUCCUUGGUAAAGGCUGGCCUUUGCAGACGCUGUCUUGUACAGGUUUCUUAUGCAAUUGGAGUGGCGGAGCCAUUGUCUAUUACAGUUUUCGAUUAUGGCACAUCUACACGUUCUCAAAACGAGCUCCUAGAUAUAGUGAAUAAGAACUUCGAUUUGCGACCCGGAAAAAUCGUCAAGGAGCUAAAUCUUCGCAAUCCUAUUUAUCAACAAACCAGUACGUAUGGUCACUUUGGACGAGACGGUUUCACAUGGGAGCAACCAAAAAAAUUAAUUCUCGAUGAUUGAUGAGAGGGUGAAUCUUAAAUUGGUCUCGGCGUUUCUCGAUUUUAGAUAUCCGAUAGAACAUCUGUUUCUCUUUCUCUAACUAUCUCCUUCUCUAUCUCUUCCUCUCAGAGAAGUAACCGUGUUAUUACAAAUAAUGAAAACUAAAGAAUUUCGUCCGCGAUACUUCGAUCUCUGUGUGCCGCAGCCACCACCGAGAUCACCGAUUUCUUACGCCAAUACUUAGAGAGGACUAGGUAUAGGCAGUUCUCUUUCUAGUUCUUUUGCCAUGAAAUACCGCAUUAUAUGUGACAACAGGCAUAGUACAAAUCUCGUCCAUAUGUGGAUAUGGACAAUCAUUUCUUCCUUCAUUCUAUUUUCGGUUUUUCGCGUGGUGGUAUAUCUUUUAACGGCACAACAAACACGUAGACAUAAUUGAUGCAUUACGCAAGAAAUAAGGCAAGCCUAUAUUAUAUGGAUCCCAUUGUAUGUUUCUCCAUGUUCAGGUUUUGAAAACUUUUUUCAACUAAUGAAAAUUAACAUCAAUUUGAUAAGAGGUUGCAAAUCGAUUCUUUUUCGCAAAUAUUCUUUACUUAUACUAAAAUAUGAAGAAGGGAAACUUGUAGUGAAUCAAAUUUUCAUCUGAAGAAUAAACACAGGCGCUAUAUUGAUAUGUGUUUUCAGAUUCGGGAAUGUAACUGCAGUCUCAUAGAUUUUUAGCUAUAUUUGUAGUCCCCUCGCACGUACAUGAAAGUUCGAUACUUCAACUUGAUCAACUAAUGAGUGGGCUAAUUUUUAAUUAGAAUGCACAGAUUAUACAUUGCAGGUUACUUAAAAUUUUAUUUCGCUAAGGACAUUUAUUGAUUUAUCAAUCGAUCUUUCGUGUACGUAUCUUCAUUAGAAUUAUUAAUCGUUGAGAAAAAAAA